AUGGAAUCGAUCGCGCAUCGACGCGCGGCGCUCGACCGAGCGACGACCGCGGCGUCGCGCGCGGGCGAUCGAUGGGUGGUAAAUUCACGUCGCGGUCGGAGGAGGGGUGAGGCGCGCUCGUGCGUCGCGCGCGCGACGAAUCGUCCGAGCGAUGGUGAUGCGGUUGGCGAUGCGUCGACGCGGGCGAGCGAGUCGAAAUCAUCAACCGUCGACGACGCCGCGACGGCGCCGGCGUGGCGACGCGCGAACUCGCGAGCGAAUCAGAAACCUAUUUGGGAGACGGACAUCGAGGCCGAGUUCGAGCGCGUGGAGCGGUUGAAGAGGGAGCGAGAGGAGUCGAGGCGGGCGAACGCGAGCGGGGGGGUCGGCCUGAGCCGAGCGCGCAUGUUGGACGACAUGUCGUUGGAUCUCAGCGCGGCGUUGCGGUCGAAGAAACGUGAGGGGGAGGAGGCGGAGGUGAAGGAGCCAAAGGCGCUGACGGAUGGGACGCCGUCCAUGUUUACGUCGUCCACGGUGAAUCCGGCGUUGAAGUACGUCGAUAAGGAUGGACGGGUCAAGGGCGAGCCCACGGCGUUGGAUCUGGCGACGACGAACAAGGCGGCCAGUAAGUAUAACUUGGCUGGGUGGAACUACGCCCCGACGCGGGCGGAAAAGGGUCGGUGGCAGAGAGAGUGGGAGAAGGCGGAGCGCGCCAAGGCGGCGCGCACUCCGGGAUAUCGACCGGCGAGCAGUCUGUCGAUUAAAUCAAAGAUCAAGGACGCGACCUUCAUGCCGGUGAAAGCGUUCGCAGAUUUGACGGAUGAAGAGAAAGCUGCGCGCCGCGCCGCGGAUGCGGCCAAGUACGCGAAGAUCAAGGAGGAUUUAUUGCUCACGACGGCGGGCAUGGCGGGGAGCGGAGCCAUCGCGGCGUUCGCCGUCGGCGGUAACAACAUGGGUUAUUCCUGGCUUCUCGGCGCUGCGGGGGCGAUUUUAUACGUUAGACUUCUCAGCGGCAAGGCGGAGAGCGAACAAGCGGGUCAGGGUGGGCCGCCGUCCAUCUUAGUGCCGGUCAUCCUCUUCAUGGCUCUCAACCGAUGGAACGCCUUCUUCUCCGCCGACGUCGGGGUCACGCUGACACCGAUCCCGAUGCUCCUCGCGUUCUUCACGUACAAGCCAGCGAGUAUUUUACAAGCGCUCAAGGACGUCAUCGAAAAUCCCGAAGACGCCGAGACCGAGGCGUGA